AGGCACUAGCAAGCGCGCCAAGCGCAGCGUCCCGCGGCUGUAGAUCAGCACCGGCUGCUUCCUGGGCUAUAGCACAGCGCGCACAGACUGCGCUCAAUAUCUCCUACGCCUCACGCCAGAAGCGAGAGCACUGCGCCCGGCACCACUGAGUGCGCAGCCUCGCACUGUAGCUGCUUUCAAACCUGUAUUUCAAAACGCGCGGCGCCAUUUGUCACGCGAAUAGCAAUUUACGUAACCACGCACUGGUAGUUACUAGCGGCAACUUCAAAAACGCGUCACCUCGCUCCGCACUACAAACAAAUUGACGCGCGACGAUGGAACUCACCGCCGAGCACAAGAAAAAGAUCAAAAAGAUCGUCGCGAAGGCGGACAAGCAGACGAUGACCGUCAAGACCGUGCGCCGGACGCUCGAGAAGUCGCUGGGGCUCGAGAAGGACGCCCUCAAGCCGCUCAAGGAGGAGCUCACGGCCUACGUCACUUUACUGAUCGACCCGCCGACGCCGGCCAAGGAAAAGAAGCCGCCGGCCAAAAAAGCUAAGCCGGAAUCGACCGAGGACGCGCGCAUUGUGCAGCUGAAGAAGAUGGGGCAGGCGGUGCGCGCGGGGCCGACGCUGUUCAAAGGCCUCAAGGACCUCGACGCCGACGCGAAGGCCGCCGAGCUCAAGGAGCGCCUCGUGGCCAAGGGCUACGAGAUUUCGGGGGAGGCGCCGACCGUCAGUGACUCAGCGUGGGAAACGAACUUCAGGAUGGCGUGGUCGCCGCGACGGCGUCGAUGCGAUGCCGCGCCGCCUCGACGCCGUCGAUGCGGCCGCACGAGAGCCGCGGCAGGCCUGGCGACGCUCCGUUCCACGCAGGCUAAGGAAAUAAAAGCAGCGAAGCGCCAGCGCGACCAAAUGGAGGAGGACGACAACGGCAUGGACCUGUCGAACAUCAUCACGGGCAAGCGCCGCCGCGCGGACGUGACGUACGCGGCGGCGCCGGCGCCGCUCGAGGAGAACAACGUGGACGGCGUGGACGAGGACUCGGAGGCAGAGUUCGUCUAGGAUCGUGCGCGCCACCCUCCACGCCAUCGAGCAGGCGCAGUUUCGAUGGCGCGGGGGCGGGCGAGAUGUGAUUAAGUGAACAAGAUAUACA